UUUCGAAGUUUCUAUCAACGGCGUCGGCCACAUGUUCGCUCGUAAGACGAGAUUUUUCGCGAAAUCCCAAUGAAUUAUGGUGAAAAGUGCUGUGAAAUCAUACAAAAUUGCUGAAUAAACUUGACAGUAACAUUCUACAAUUGAAUUAAAAUCCAAAUCCGCAAUAGAUUGCACGCAAUCUCAAUAAAAAGAAAUUUUCAAAUACGCAAAAAGACUACGAUUUUUCUCGUCUCUUUAUAACAUUAUUUUUCGUCGUCGAAUUGUCAAGUUUCGUCGUACGUUACAUUCGGCUCGUAUCAGUGCUUCGUGUGAGAUUUUUGGUGGUGUACGAAUUGAAUCGUAUGUGUAGAAAAUUGUGCACAAAGCAGAGACCAUAAUAAAGAGUUGAGGAUAAGAAAACAUAAUAAACGUGCCUGUGAACUUUAUUGAGUUUUGAACCGUACUAAGCUCAGCGAACCGGCGUUAAUCGGCGUCUUUGAAUUCAGGUCUAUACACGUUUUUGUCAUAAUAAUUGGGCAAGGAAGCAGUAAAGAGUUUCCAUAACGUCUAAGCCAGUUCUGGAGUAAGUAACGUAAUCGACGUUACCCAUACUCCGGAGUCACACGAGAAACACGAACUAGAAGCUAACAUGUCAGCUAAGGAAGAAACUUCAAAAACGAGUGCCACCACCGCAGCUACCACGGUGGUCGCUCCCUCUGUCCAAACUGCUGCAGCAGCGGCUACAACUUCGUAUGCUAACGUUUUGCAAAACUUAGAAACCAAACAAGGUGCCAUUGCCAAAGGUGGUUCCGAGGUUAUUGCAGUUACUGAUUCUGACAAUAAAGAGAACCAACCUCAUCUUAAAACAAUUAAGUCAUGGAGUGAGGAGGCCGCCGCUGCUGAAGCAGCAAAUGAAGGUUUAUCGAAUGUCGUUGCUGUUGAAGCAGGCGCUACUGUAGCUGGUGAGAAACGUUCGGCUAUUACCGAUGCUGGUGCUGAAAACUCUUCAGAAAUCGAUGAUAAUACCGAUUUUGUUCCAGUUGUUUCACAUCACCGUCGUGAUCGUAAAAAACCACGUAAAGAUAAGCCCUUCGGGCGUGAACGUCAAGGUGGCAACGGUAAUAAUGGCAAUGAAAAGCUAGCUGGUGGACCCAGAUCAGGUGGGGGAAAUAAUAACGGCAAUGGUAAUGGCAAUGGCAAUGGCGGUAGUGGUGAAGGUGGUAGAAACAAGCGUGCAACAGCAGCAAAUAGCAAUAACGCUAUAGAGAAGGAAGGUGAUAAAAAAUACAUUGGCCGGCCGCGUCAACGCGGUGGUAGUCCACGCAAAGGUGGCCCUGGUGGUGCACCAAAAUCACCAAAGGAUCGUAAGGAAACUUCCCCCAGUGUUAGCGCUGAGAAUACAAGUAGUGGUAACGAGGCUAAAAGCAGUGAUGCUGAAUCGCCGCCCUCCGGAGGUAAUGGCAGCGCAGUUCCUGCUGCUCCUCAAACCAAGAAGUUCGUCGCCGCACCUCCACCGAAAGUUAAUGCAUGGAAGAUAUCAAAACAAUCUUCAAGCCCCAAAACAACCACACUAGACAAACGUGUUUUGCAACCUAAACAUCAACAACAACAAAAGCAAACGCCAAAAGUUGCCGAUAAUUUAGAGAGUAGUGCUGCUCAGUCACAUACCACCCAUCCAGUUGGUCGCGGUGAUAAUAAUACUAAAGCGAAUAGUACAAGUGGAAGCAGCAACAAAGUAACCGUUGAGGACGCAGUAUCCACAACAACAACAAAAACAACAACAACAGCAGCAGCAGCUGCAGGAAGCGCAGAAGCAGAAACAGCGUCGAGCUCCUCCGCAACAGCUCAGCCCGGAUCAGUAGCGGCAGAAGCAUCAACUACUAGUGCUACAUCACCGCCUGGCGCAGUAACAAAUAAAACAAGAAAAUUAAACCCAAAGGCCAGCGAUUUCAGCAACGUUGGUGAUUGGCCUAUGCUAAUUGGUGGCAAGCCCACAAAUAACGAAUCUAAACGUUCAACGAAACACAGACAGCGUUCAAAUAACGCUAAUAAUAGUAAUAAUAAAGAAAAUCACCCUAGCGCCGGCGUAGCAUCAGUAUCAAAUAAUACCGAUCAAGCUGCCACAGCAACAACCAAAAGUGCUGUCAAUACAGGCGAUAAACCCUCAACCAGUCAAGCACAAACUAAUGAGUCCAAUAAAUCUGGCACGCAAUCAGGCAGCGGUGAAGGCAGUAGUGGAUCUGCUACCGCAAAUGCCGCAGCCAACAACUCAGGCUCUGGUUCAGGAUCAAAUGGCAUCCAUAAGAAGAUUCCCAAACACAAGUGGCGUCCUCUGCAAAUCGACCUUGCCAAAUCAAGCCGCCCGAAACCGAUUGGACGUCCCAAUAGACGCUUACCAAGCUCUUCGUCUCGCUAUCACCAACAACAACAGCAGCAUCAGCAACAACAAUACAAUAGCCAAGAACAACGUUCAAGCGGCGGUGAUGACCACAACAAUGGCGGCGGAGCAGCAGAACAGCAGCAGCGUAGUGAUUGGCGACAACAUGCACCACCAAGUGCCGGUGGCGAAGCAGCACCAGCAACGCGCGAUCGUCCCACGCGGCCCACUUCCCGCCAUACUGAGCGUAUUGAUUCCUGGCGUAGCGGCAGCGGCACCGAGCGCAGUGGUGCAAUCGGUGGCGGCAGCGUCGCCGACCGGGACUACGAGCGACCAGCGCGUACGCAACGGCGCUACCGGACGUCCUACCGGGGCGGGCGGCAGGGGCGCGGUGGAUUCACAAGACCGGGACCAGGUCGUACGUCAAAUCGCAUACCACGCCAUCUGUUAGCCAGUGGCGAAUACUCAAGCUUUUUGCCGGCGGAUGCAGCCGGUGUCGAACAGUCUUCGUUUGUGCUCAUGGGCACACAUUACUAUGGUCAAGUGCCACCCGCAGCCUAUAUUGAAAUGGACGCACAAACGGUUAAAGAGGCGAUAAAGAAACAAGUUGAAUACUAUUUCAGCGAAGAGAAUUUAACUGGCGAUUUCUUUUUGCGUCGCAAAAUGGACCCAGAAGGUUGUAUUCCAGUCACAUUGAUUGCUUCUUUUCAUCGCGUCUUAGCCUUGACUACUGAUGUGGCAUUGAUUAUUAACGCCAUCAAGGAGUCUGAGAAGCUGGAGUUUCUCGAGGGCUUUAAAGUACGCACAAAGAUCAAUCCUACAAUUUGGCCUAUUCGCGAUGUGAUCGAGACUACAUUUAUACCUGCCGCUCAGGCGCCAAUUUUAAGUGUAGGAGUGAACAUUGCGGACGGUAAAAUACCCGAGAAUGUAAACAAUGAUUUACAAAAAACUACUACCCAACCAGAAAUUCAACAAAAUGCGAACAUUGCUGGUGCUGAUCAUGCUGUUGCGUCUGGCCUCGUAAGCAGCGGUGAUCAUGGCGAUAGCACAGCACAGUUCCAAACUAUAACGGCCGAUGACAAUAAAAUGCCAACAACAAAUGUAACUGCCAUGCUGAAUGCGCCAAAUGCAGUUACAAUACCGUACGGAAGCGAAGUGCUCUUACUUGCCUCGCCUAUGGCUGCGCAACCUUUAACUAAUAUCCCACCACCGCCAGUGCCACGCAAUUCACAAAAUUUGGUCUCAUCGCUGCUACAGCAGCAGGCGAAACCAAUGACGACGACAGCUGUAAAUGCUGAGAAUGCGAUAAGUGCGCUCACACAGAAAGUGGCUGAAGUGGAGAGUGGCAGUGAAGCUGUGGCCCAGCUAGCGGACCAUCUGAGUGGUCUGGCUCAGAGUGUUAAGAAACCAAGUCAACCGCAAUCGUCAUCGACACCGCUCAAAGCACAACGCGACAACAAAAAGUAUGGUGCGAAGGCGGCGGGUCACAUUGUAAACAAUGUCAACAAUGGCAACACGGCGACAACGGGCAAUGAGCCGCAGGCCGAUGCUGCGGAGGGCACGUGGAAAGAGGUAAAGAGACGCUCAAAAUCAAAUGCUUUAAAAGAUACUAAAUCUCCCAAUCAACUACACUCGACACAAACGCUUGCAACACAACAACAACAACAACAACAAAAUCAAACCAUUCAAACCACAACAACAAAUGCUACCUCUGCAACAAAAACUACGCCAACGACAAACAACAAUAAUAAAAAUGUUACAAAAUCAAACACGGUUACAACCACAUUGCCCACCUCAUCGAAUGCCUCCGUCACAUCGAAUGUCACCAAUGUAACUAACACCUCCAAUACCACGAACGCCACUACCACCACCACUACCAUCAUCAACAACAACAACAACAAUAACAAUAACAACAAAACAGCUUCUCCCCAAUCCAACCAGCCAACUAUAACGUCAGCAGCGCCAGUUAACCUCCACCAAACAAACGCCGUUGAAAAAGAAGAAUUAGAUUUUCAAUUCGACGAAGAACUCAUGGAUCCCAUCCCAGCAACUGGACGUAUAAAUAAUUUCACCGAAAAUUUCUCCGAUGACGACGAAUCCGACUACGAAUUUGCAGAUCGUGAUAUAAAUAAACUCUUAAUUGUGGCACAAGUACAACGGGCACCCAAACAUGAAGGCUACGAUCGUACUGCCGAUUUCACUUCACGUACGAAAAUCACACAAGAUCUCGAAAAUGUUAUUAAUGAUGGUUUGGCUAACUAUGAAGAAGAUCUCUGGACAACAUCGAAUGUGGGCACGGCAUAUCGUACUGUAAAUGUAAUAUCUCAAGAAGAUUUCGAAAAGUUGGGUGGCGGUCGUGUGCAACGCAAUUAUGCACAACAAGCACCGCCACCGCCGCCUCCCGCGUAUGUGGAUGAGGAUUGCACACUGAACAGUACACUAAACUCAACAUUGAAAUCGCGUCGUGCACGCUUCUAUGCUGCACCCAGCUCACAUUCGAUCGAUCCACGUACGCCCCGUAAACGUAAGACCCGCCACUCAUCGAACCCACCAGUCGAGGCGCACGUCGGUUGGUUGCUCGACACAGUCGAACAUCGGCCACGUACCACUUCGAUGGGCUCCUCUGCGGGCACUUCGCCAACAACUUCAUCUUACGGCUCAUCUGUGCCACAAUCGUUGCCAGUCUUCCAACAUCCCUCACACUCGCUAUUAAAGGAGAACAACUUUACACAACAAGCCUAUAGCAAAUAUCAUGCGCGUUGCCUCAAAGAGCGGCGUCGCUUGGGCUACGGUCAAUCACAGGAGAUGAACACAUUGUAUCGCUUCUGGUCAUUCUUCCUGCGUGAAAAUUUCAACAAGACAAUGUACAAUGAAUUCCGCAAGUAUGCGUUAGAGGAUGCCAAGCACGGCUUCCGUUAUGGCCUGGAAUGUCUUUUCCGCUUCUUUUCGUAUGGAUUAGAGAAAAAAUUCCGACCAAAUGUAUAUGAGGACUUCCAGGAUGAGACAAUUGCUGACUAUGAAAUCGGUCAAUUAUACGGUCUUGAGAAAUUCUGGGCAUUCCUUAAAUACUACAAAAACGCAGACAAAUUGACAGUGAAGCCGAAAUUGGCUGAAUACUUAGAGAAAUUCAAAACUAUAGAAGACUUCCGCGUUGUCGAACCUGAGAUCAACGAGAUGCUGCAGGGUGUCGGCAGUUUAAAUCGCGGCCGUAAUUUAAAUCGCCUACGCAGUGUUUCCGAGAGCGAUGGUACAGCUGUUGUUGCUGGCGUUGGCCGUAGGCCGAACACAACUAUCAGUAAUCGCAGUGAUUAUGUGGGCAAUCGACCACAUUAUCAACAACAGCACAACCACCACCACCACCAACAGCAACAACAACCACAACGCCAACACCAACAGCAAUUCAAUAAUCAACAGUCUGGCAACUAUGCGAAUUUCAGUAGCAACCGACGUCGCACCGGCUCAUUUGGUAGCGGUACAGUGCGCGUACGCAGUGGUUCAUUGGGCAAUAAGCCGCAAGUAGUGUCACGCAACAAUAACUAUCAACAUCCGUAUGCUAGUUCACCGCAUGAGCUGCGUCGUGGCGGCAGCACCUCUGGUUUGGCACCGCACAAGCAACAAAAUCGCCAACAGCAGCAGCAGCAGCAUCAUCAACAACAACAGCAACAACAUCAUGCACAAAAGCCAGCUAAACAACAGCAACAACAACAAACUGCAGCAGUACAAAAUAACAAGGAUUCCAAUAAUGCGCCGGCCGCCACAAAUACUGCUGUAGCAGGCGCCACCACAGCGACAAAACUAAAGGAACAUCAGAACUAUGCGGCGGCAGCGGCCAAUAAAACAGCAAUCACUAAGUCAAAUGUCAACAGCAAUGCAGCAACAAUAACAAAGGUCGCAGCCAACAAAGCGGCAACCGUAACGGCGGGCACGAAUUCCACGUCAGCGGAGAAAAAAUAAUUGUUUAUUUUCAUAAUUUUCUUUGAUUAUUUAAAAAAAAAAAUACUUACAUAUUUGCUAUUGUUAGUUUAUCUUAUUUUAUCCUAUUCUUUUCUUCUUUGCAUAAGUUUUUGAGUAUUUUCAUGAAUAUAAAUCGGCAAAUUAGCAGCGCAGCGGUGUACGUUCAUCGAAUAUAAAUGAACGCAAGCGCGCACGUACAUUUAUACAAGCAUAUAAAACCAAAUAAAAACGAAAAGUAUUGUGGAGAAGUGAAAAAAUAAAUAAAAACAAUGUAUCCAAAACUAUCCAUUCAAUUCAAAAAGCGAAAGUAAAAAGACAGUGGUAGUCUGCUUUUAGACAGGCGCGUUUUAAUUGGCUUUUGCUCUUUGGCUUUCUUAAUAGAUACAUGGAAAAAAUUCAAACAAAACCAAUACCUGAAAUUUUGUGAAUGAAUCAAAUUAUGAAAAUGCUCAAAAUCAGGCUAAACACUUUAUCCAAAACAUAUACAUAUAUAAUGUCAUACAUGUUAACUAUUAAUUGUAAACCUAAUUUCAUGGACGACCUUUAAAAACGUCGCCAAUUUACGACUAUACACACACCCAUACAUAUAAAUAUAUAUAUUUACAUAAAACUCCAAAAAAAAAAAAACGAACAUAGAAGUUUAAAGAAAUAUAUUUGCUAAAGUGACUUUUGUAUGAAACGAAAAAAAAAAACAAACAACAAACAAACUAUAUUAUGCAUUCAUAUUUCUACUAUAAAAGCAAUCAAAAGGAAGUGAGGUUAAUUUGCAAUAUUUGUUAAAAAAAACAGGGGGAGGAGAGUAUAGGUAUUUACGGGCCAGAGCUAUACUAGCAACAAAACGAAUACGAAGUGAGUGCGACGAGCAAACAUAACAUACAUAAAACUGCUUUUCAUUGCUGACGUCAAUGAGCGUUUUGUUUACUUUGAGAGCAAUAAUGAAAGCAACGUUUUAACGAAGAGAAAUUCCAGCAUUUUCACGACCAUUGAAACACUUAUAAAAUAACCACGAUAUCUAGCCGUUUAAGAGCUAAACAAAAACAAACAAAAAAACAUGUUGAACUGGACUACAACUUUUGGGUAAACACAUUUUAUUGUAAGUAACAAGAAAAAAAAAAACUAUGCAUAAGCAGAAGAUAUAAGAAGACACAGAACAGUGCCAACCAACAAUACGACGACACCAGUUAGUUGUACGCAGUGAAGAAUAAUAAGUAAAAUCCGUGCAGAAAGUAGCAUUGCUUAUUGUGCUAUUAAACAAAUUUCUCAUCAAAUAUUAAAAUCAAUGGAAUCGCUUACAUAUAUGAAGUAGUAGGGAAUCACUAAGGCAUAGAGUAAAUGGGAAAGGCAAAUAGCUAAGUUAUUUAAAGAAAAAAGAAGAAGAAAACAUAAAGAGAAAAACCAAUUUU